AUGGACAAGUUUUUGAAAAGGAAAGAACUGGACUCUGAACAAAAUUCUCAGCCAGAUGAGAGCCCAAGUAUGAGUGGGGAUCAAAAGAAAGCAAAGAUGGUUAGCUCAAGCAAAUUCUCUGGCACAAGGCAAUAUAGCGAAAGCUAUAUUUUAUUUGGAUUUACUUUCACUGGAGAUGCAAAGAAACCAACUCCACUGUGUGUGUUGUGUGGUGAAAAGCUAUCUAACAGUGCUAUGGUCCCAAGUAAACUUAAACGCCAUCUCCAAACAAAACACCCUUUGCUUCAAAAUAAGAAUGCGGACUAUUUUGUUCGCCUGCGUGAAAACACGGAGAAACAGGCAACUUUCAUGAGAAAAACCACAAAGGUAAAUGAAAGAGCUCUUAAAGCUAGCUAUCAAGUUGCUGAACUUAUAGCCAAGUCAAAAAAGUCGCACACUGUGGCAGAGACAUUAAUACUUCCCGCCUGCAAAGCUAUUGUAGAGGAGAUGCUAGGACCUGAAGCAGCUAAGGAAAUAGCCAAAGUCCCACUCUCAGACAACACAAUUUCCAGACGUAUUAAUGACAUGUCUGCAGACAUUGAAAGUGUAGUUUUGGAAAAGAUCCGUAUCAGUGAGAAAUUUGCAUUGCAACUUGACGAGUCUACUGAUAUCAGUGGACAUGCUCAACUUUUGGCCAAUGUGCGUUUUGUGGAUGGUGAUGCAAUUAGAGAAAACUUCUUUUUUUGCAAGGCAUUGCCAGAAAAAACAACAGGAGAAGAAAUUUUUCGGGUCACAUCAGAAUACCUUGAACAAGGAGGACUUAAGUGGGAAAACUGCACAAGUGUCUGCACCGAUGGAGCUGCAGCCAUGGUCGGGCACACCAAAGGCUUUGUAAGCAGAGUGAAGGAAAGAAAUCCAGAUGUGAUUGUUACACAUUGUUUUUUACACCGUGAGGCCCUCGUAGCCAAGACUUUACCAGCAGACCUAGUUCCUGUGUUGGAUGAUGUUGUGCGCAUGGUAAACUUUGUAAAGUCACGACCCGUGCAAAGUCACAUAUUUGCAGCUUUGUGUGAGGAGAUGGGAGCGAAGCAUAAAACCUUGCUGUUUCAUACGGAGGUCCAGUGGUUGUCGCGUGGCAAGGCCUUGGUUCCUGUGUAUGAGCUGCGGGAGGAACGUAAAGUGUUUCUGACAAAUGAGAGGUCAGAUUACGCAAAGCUGCUUGCAAGUGAUGAGUGGUGUGCAAGGCUGGCAUACCUGGCAGAUAUUUUUCAUCAUCUGAAUGAACUGAACACACGAAUGCAAGGCCGAAAUGAAAACCUGCUUACAAGUACAGAUAAAAUAAAUGGAUUCCGUUCAAAGGUGCAACUCUGGCGUCAACACGUGGAAAGUGGCAAUCUUGAAAUGUUCACACUCACCAAGCAAUGGCAAGGUGUUCACACUGCUGCACUGUGUGAGAUAAUAGUUAAACAUUUAAAAACUCUCAAGGAGAAGUUGUCAUUUUAUUUCUCUUCAGUCUCCACUGAAUGCCUUGACUGGGUUAGGGACCCUUUUAGCUCAGCAUCAAUUGGUGGAAAGGACAUGACUUUACAGGAGAAGGAGGAACUAACUGAACUGAGACAAAAUCGUGGUUUCAAGCUAAGAUUUGCUGAUCUACCUUUGGACAGUUUUUGGUUGGAUACUGUGGGAACCCAAAAGCUGUCGUCUUGA